AUGGAUAUCACCACUGCAUUUCUCAAUGGAAUACUGCUGGAGGAUAUCUACAUGGCGCAGCCCGACGGCUAUGAGGAUGGGACCAGCCGGGUGUGCAAGCUCAAGAAGGCUAUCUAUGGCCUUAAGCAAGCGCCCAGGUGCUGGUACGAGAAGCUGGAGGAGGUGCUGCUGAGUGGAGGCUUCAAGACGUCCCAAGCGGAUCACAGCUUGUUUCUGCUUGGAGAGGGGGAGCAGCUGCUCUUGCUGCUGGUGUAUGUCGACGACAUACUGUUGUUCUCACCUUCCAUGGAGCAGAUUGAGAGGACACAGAAGCUGCUGAUGGACAACUUAAAGUGCAAGAUGCUGGGGGAUGUCCACUACUACUUGGGGCUGCAGAUUGAGAGGGAUGUCGAGAGGAGGUGGCUGAAGGUGCAUCAGUCACACUACAUCUCUGGUGUCAUGGAGCGCUAUGGUGUGACUGGGGGUCGCACUGUGAUGACACCGUUCCCUGCAGGCUUCAAGCUGAAGAAGGCAGCUGAGGAGGAUGAUGUGCUUGAGGAUGAGCAGCGGAAGGAGUACCAGUCACUCAUUGGGAGUGUGAUGUAUGCAGCUGUGCAUACGCGACCUGAUGCUUCAUUCAGAGUGGGGCAGCUGGCCAGAGUUGUGCAGCGGCCCACUGAGGAGCAGUUGGAGGUGGCAAAGCGCUUGAUUGGAGCAGAUGGGGUCACGCCUGGAACCUUGAAGCUGUCGUGCUUCACCGACGCUACAUGGGCCUCAGAGGAUGAGGAUCAGUCAUCAGUUGACGGCUUUGUGUGCAUGGUCGGAGGUGGACCAGUGAGCUGGAGGUCCAAGAAGCAGAGUGAGAUUGCUCAGUCUUCCGGAGAGGCAGAGUACAUGGCGAUGUACCAUGCCAUCAAGGAGAUCGUGCUCCUGAGGAAGCUGCUAAAGGACAUGGGAGCUGAACAGGAGGGACCUACACCACUUUUCUCCGACAGCGAGGCUGCUAUUGGCAUGGCCAAUAAUCCUAUCCUGAAUGGGCUGAACAAGCACAUGAAGAUUAAGUGGCACUGGGUGAGGCAGAUGGUGAAGGAGGGUAUUGUUGAGCUUCACCAUGUGAAGGCUAGCAAGCAGGCGGCAGAUUUUCUCACCAAGAGACUUCUCGAGAGCGCACAUUGGAAGUGUGCUAAGAUUUGUGGCAUGGCAUUGCACUAG